GAAAGCUCCAAACUAAUACAAAUACCAAUCGUCAAUAUUAUACAUGACUCACUGUGAGAUACGGUAAUUGUUUAUUUUAAUCGCUUUACGACUCAAAAUCCAGGUUUAAUAUCUACCAGUUUUUCCCAAAUGUCGACGAGGAUUCGACCUCAUUCUGCGAUAUAAUUCCAUUGUGAACCGUUUUAUCUAUCAACAUAUACCUAUUUCAUUUUAUCAGAUUGUCCAUAUCACGAAGUGUUUUGGUGCUGGUUGUUCUCUAGUGCUGUAGUUUUAUAAUCGUUUUAGUGAUAGAUUAAAAUGAGUUCUUUAUUGUUCCUGCAAAAUGUCUGAUUCACUGUCUUUGAAUUUGCCAAUUCGAUGCUCAUGUGGUUGGUCUCGCAGAAACAAUAUCAACACGUCAUCCCAGGAAUAUCUUUCUCUGUUGGGAGUUUCGUCUACAAACCACAGAAAUAGUUUACAAACACUUUGGUUAGUCUGCCUGGGUUUGAUUCUCGUCGUGGGGCUGACAACAGGGGUAUAUUUACUAUGCAGAGAAGGAGAAGAAGAAACAUUUACCGGGACCAUACUGAUCAGAAAAACAGGAUGGGACAUCUUUCCGCCAGAACAAAACAUCACAGAACUGAAGUUUCCCGUGGACAAGGUUGAAAUCUUCACGAUUGUUUCAUCCACUAUUCGUUGCGACAAUGAUACAAAUUGCGAUUUACUGCCUAAAAGCAUCCAGGCUGAACAUAUGAAUUCUACGGAGGAAACUGACAUUGUAUCCAAUUUCCUACUGGAUAAUGAUGGCAGACUUUAUGAAGAUCAGGGUUGGACAUAUGUGUCCGGUGCGCGGACAGAUGGUGCCAACAUCUUGUAUAUAGGAAUAGUAGGAAAUCCUGGCGAUAUUUCUGUUUCCAAGAAACAAGCUGGAACACUCACAGCUUUUCUUGAAUUCGCCGUGGCCCAAAAAAAAUUGAUACCAUGUUUUCAAGUGGUUAUGGACCGAUUAGAGGAGAACAAACUCAAACAGGAAAUAUAUGACAUCCUGAAAAUGCGAAGAAAAUGCUGAAUUUCAGUCCAUUUGGCAUAUGGGAUAGCUGAUGAAGAAAUUGAAGCACUUCUCCUGAGAUUUUGGAAGAAGAGAAUUACCAUGACAUGUGUAUUGUUUGUACAAGUAGAUUCCUGAACGAGGAAGUUGUUUUCUAUUUCCAAAUAAUUAUACAGUAUAUUUUGAUUUGGAUCAGUUGCAUGGUAAAUUCAUGUAAAAAUUCAAAAUUCAUAUAUUUCACUAAUAAAUAUAUCACAGAUCAUCGACAUAAUAGCUGG